CCGAGCGGCCGCAGUCUCAGCUCUGGGCAUCUGGGGAGCCCGAGCGGCUUCGCCCAGGGAUCCGCGCGGACGUCUGCGGUCUGGGUUCCAUCUCCGCUGUGAUAUUGCACCCUUGAAGUUUUGCAGCACCAGGAAAAGAGGACAAGGAAGAAGGAGAGGGGAAGCGAAAGCAUAACCUAAAACAUUUAUUUAAAGGAGAAAAGAAGGGGGGGGGGUGCAGAAAUGGCUGGGGCAAUUAUAGAAAACAUGAGCACCAAGAAGCUCUGCAUUGUUGGAGGGAUUCUGCUGGUUUUUCAAAUCGUUGCCUUUCUGGUGGGAGGCUUGAUCGCUCCAGCACCCACAACAGCAGUGCCCUACAUGUCAAUAAAAUGUGUGGAUGUCCGCAAGAACCACCAUCAGACAAGAUGGCUGGUGCCUUGGGGACCCAACAAGUGUGAAAAGAUCCGCGACAUUGAGGAAGCAAUUCCGAGGGAAAUUGAAGCCAAUGACAUUGUGUUUUCUGUACAUAUUCCCCUCCCUUCUAUGGAGAUGAGCCCAUGGUUCCAGUUUAUGCUGUUUAUCAUGCAGCUAGACAUUGCUUUCAAGUUGAACAACCAAAUCAGAGAAAAUGCAGAAGUUUCCAUGGAUGUUUCCCUGGGUUACCGUGAUGAUAUGUUUUCUGAGUGGACUGAAAUGGCCCAUGAAAGGGUACCACGCAAACUAAAAUGUACUUUUACAUCCCCCAAGACUUUAGAGCAUGAAGGUCGUUAUUAUGAAUGUGAUGUCCUUCCUUUCAUGGAAAUUGGGUCAGUGGCUCAUAAAUAUUACCUUCUAAAUAUCCGACUACCAGUGAAUGAGAAGAAGAAAAUCAAUGUCGGGAUUGGGGAAAUAAAGGAUAUUCGGUUGGUGGGAAUCCACCAAAAUGGAGGCUUCACUAAGGUCUGGUUUGCUAUGAAGACCUUCCUCACACCCAGCAUCUUCAUCAUUAUGGUGUGGUAUUGGAGGAGGAUCACCAUGAUGUCCCGACCCCCAGUACUUCUGGAAAAAGUUAUCUUUGCUCUUGGGAUUUCCAUGACAUUCAUCAAUAUCCCUGUGGAAUGGUUUUCCAUUGGGUUUGACUGGACCUGGAUGCUGUUAUUUGGUGACAUCCGGCAGGGCAUCUUCUAUGCAAUGCUUCUUUCCUUCUGGAUCAUCUUCUGUGGUGAACACAUGAUGGAUCAGCAUGAGCGGAAUCACAUUGCAGGGUAUUGGAAGCAAGUUGGACCAAUUGCUGUUGGCUCUUUCUGCCUCUUCAUAUUUGACAUGUGUGAGAGAGGAGUGCAACUCACAAAUCCUUUCUACAGUAUCUGGACUACAGAUGUUGGAACAGAACUGGCUAUGGCUUUCAUCAUUGUGGCAGGGAUCUGCCUCUGCCUCUAUUUUCUGUUUCUGUGUUUCAUGGUAUUUCAGGUAUUUCGAAACAUCAGUGGGAAGCAGUCUAGUCUCCCAGCCAUGAGCAAAGUCCGGCGGCUGCACUAUGAGGGUCUGAUUUUCAGGUUCAAGUUCCUCAUGCUUAUCACCUUAGCCUGUGCUGCCAUGACUGUUAUCUUCUUCAUUGUUAGUCAGGUGACAGAAGGACAUUGGAAAUGGGGUGGUGUCACAGUUCAAGUGAACAGUGCUUUCUUCACUGGUAUCUAUGGAAUGUGGAACCUGUAUGUCUUUGCUUUGAUGUUCUUGUAUGCACCAUCCCAUAAAAACUAUGGGGAAGACCAGUCUAAUGGUGACCUGGGUGUCCACAGUGGAGAAGAACUGCAGCUCACCACCACAAUCACUCAUGUGGAUGGACCGACUGAGAUCUACAAGUUGACCCGUAAAGAAGCACAGGAAUAGGACGCUAUGGUGCUGCACUGGGCUGGAAUUGUUUCUCUAUCCAGCCUCUUCCCUAGAGUGGAGAGCCUACUAUAUAUGCAGAGUUUAGUGAAAAGUGGAUGCCUAGUGCUUCUUAGGUAUGGUUUCUUAGACCAGUGAGUGGACAUUUGUCAGAUAACUUCAGACAGUGACUUUUGCAAGACUUCUGCUACGAAUACAUCAUGUAUGAUAACAAAAACUGAUAUGACCCAUUUUUUGUGGUCAUUGUUAAUUAGUGACAUAACAUCAUAUGUAGCAGGUGGGUUAGUAACACACUCAUUUGGAGGGGUAUAUUCUUUGGGGUGGUUUGGGCCAAUGGGAUCUAUAUUGAGUAGAUUAUGACUUUUUAUUUCCUGUUUUUUAUUCUGGGAUGUGUUUAAACAUUGUUUGUAGUCCAACAUUUGCUUAUGUGUUAGCCUUUUUACCCUUCUCCAUGGACACUUCUUUUUAUCUUAUUUAUAUCACCAAGUAUCCAACUGAGUUAUUGUUUAAGUUGCGGUACAAAUCUUCCAAUUUUUUUUUGUUUUUGGUGUGUUACUACAAAGUAAUAAAAUUUCAUGAGAAGUUCUAUCAUUCUGGAGGGAUUUCAGCUUUGAAACCAAAUCUGUGUAUCUUGUACUAAUAUGUCUGUCUGUUAGAUGUGGAUUUUGAGAAAUAUUUGCUAAACUACCCAAGUAGGAUUUCUAUUACUAAACAACUUUUGGGUCAUAAAAGCUUUUUUUUAACUACUUGCUUAAAAUGUGUUUUCUUUUGAUAAAAUGUUUCAAACAACCUCCAAAACUGUAAAUCCAUUUGAAUAAAACAAAUGUAAGUAUGCUCUCCUUGCUACUACAACAAUGUUCAGGCAUGCAGAUUCAAGUUUGCCUGGAUCAUAGAAUAGCUUGCUGCUGGCAGAAAUAUCCUGACUGUCUGUUCCUGGAGGUGAAUCAAUACCUUCUGUAGCAGGUAUUAAGACUUUCUAGGCUAGCAAAGACUAUGUGAAGUAUCAGAUGCUUUAUACCCUCGUGCACACAGAUCUUAUUCCUGUACCCACUAAUAACCUGAUAUUGGUUUUGUUUGUUUGUGCUUUUUUUAAUGAUAAAUAAGCUACAUGGCAUAGCAGAUAGAACACUAGAUCCUGAAUUUAGAAGGUAGUUUCCUAUCAAAGGUCUCUCAUGCACUAGUCAUGUGACCUUGUUCAAGAUAUCAGACAUGUCUAUUUUCUCACUUAGCAUUCAUAAAGAGUCAUUGUGUGCCAAGUCACAGUGAAAAAUAAUGUACCUAGAAAUGCUUCAUCAGUUAUACAUUCACAUAAAUAGAUUCCCUUUGCAAUCUAACAAUAAUUCCAUGAGUGUAAUUUUUAGAUAAUGCUGACUAAAAUGAAGUUUGUGAUAUAUUCCUUUUAAAUUCACCUACCUGGCUAAUCCCACCCUAGGAUUUUUCUAACUUUAGCUAGAACAGUGAUAAACAGUGACAGAAAAAAAAUCCUUAGGUUUUGACUGUUGUUUUUAUGCCUUUUGCUAACCUGGUAAAUGUUGAAUAAGUAUGUGGUCUAUUGUAUACAGCAAUUACUUACUAAUCUGACACCCAAGUAUAAAGAAUCAAGUAUACCUUGUUCUAUGUUUAUAGUAUGGAAGAUAAACUUCAAGCACUAUAGUGACCUCCCCUUCUUGAAGAUGGAGUGAGGUGUCUCUAUUCUUUGGGAUAGGAUAAGAGCCUGAGAAAGCAUUAAAGAAGUAUUACUUUACCUAGGGUCAAGUGAUAGAGGGUAUAACAUUAGUAAAGUCAUAGAAGCAAUGUAAUAUGGAGAAGAUUUGAGUAAGUUUGAGUGUCAAGCCUAGAUAGUAUUUAGAAAGACAAAAGAUGAGUCCUGUGCCCUUGAAGCCAAAAUACAAAUGAUAUUCGAUAUCAUAGUAAGAGUUAUCAGACAACUGCAGGUUUUAUGCAGAGAAAUAAUGUGAUUAGAAUCACCUCUGAGACCUCUUGAUAGACCCAUAAAUUAGAUCACAGGCUAUUCAGGCAGUAUUAGAGAAUGUGGAGAAGUGAGGAUUAUUUUGGAGAAACAAAGCAGACAUAGUUUGAGUGUUCUGAAUGUGAACUUCAUAAAGAAGCAUAGCUCAGAGUCAAAUUUCAGGUCCUUGUUAAACAUGGGACUAGCAGUUCCUCUGUCACAAAUAGAGAUCCUGAUAGAGAUAUCAGUAUCUCUAUGAAUAGUAGAAGCCAAGUUUACCUCAAAUAGGACACUCCUAGAUUAGUUAAUGGUUCCCAGGAAAAGCUGUAUUACCCCCAAAAGAAUUGACUUGUGGAGAGCUCUAAUGAAGCUCUGCUUUAGGAACUUAUGUUUUGCCCUAGAGUAGUUUAAUUACAAGUCAUGGAACUUAGUCUCUCUCAUUAAAACCAUAGGCAGUAUAUUCUAGUACCAUUCAAAUUAUUCAGGGAGUCAGGUCAAACAGCAUGACCUUGUGAUUAGGUCCAUAAAGGAGGGACAACAUUUGGGCUGGGCAAACCAUCAGAAAAGGUCUAGCACAAUAGGAAUAAGGAAGAUAUCAUGUUUGUCUAGAUGGAUUUUUAACUAUCACUUCUUAGAGGAAACAAUGAACAGAGUGUCCGUGGCAGACUUAGCCACCACUGUCAUCAUGAAUGAGAAGUAUGCCUGGGCAGAGGAUCAAAGUAAUACAUAAGGCUAUCAGUAAUGUGCACACAAGUACAUUCAAUGGGAGAAAAAAAUGAGACAGGUUAAAAGUGUAAAUGCUGAGCAGAGAAGCAGAGGAGAGUCAAUUUAUGGACAUUCUGAGCAGCAAGAAGGAAGAUGAUUCCUCUGAUUGGAGUCAUAAAUAAGCACUCAUUUUGAAAUCUGAGACCAUUCAUUAAGGAAAGACAUUGAUAAGAUGAAACAAAACACAGAGAAUAUCAGUGAUUAGGAACUUGAAAUAAGUUGAUGAGUUAUGUCUGAAAGAUUGAAGAGAUACUUUCAGUGCAUACAGUAGAGAAAUUCUAGGUGGACAGUGAAGGAGGAAAUUGAGGUCAAAAGGAGAUAGAUUGUUUGCAGUUCUUCCUGGGUGUGCCACCAAGAAAACCUCAGUUUUAAGGAGACAGACAAAACUUAGCCAGCUACAAUCAGUAGAAAGUGUCUUAGAAACUCCUCAGAAAAUGAGAAAAGACUAUUAUAGACAAUCAGAUCAGGAGAUCAGAAAAAAAAAUAGCCAUGGGUACGUUUACAUACACAUCACUGUAAAAAUAAUUCUUACGUUACCUUAAAGGAUAUUUCACAAAGUAUAAAAGAUUAAUGUUAUCUGCCUAUAAAAUUAAAGAUCACCAAUGUAUUUGAAGUAGAAAAUAAAAUCACUUCCAUUUGUC